GCAAUUAAAAUGGAAGAAGAGUUAUCAUCAAUUAAUAAUGGAUUAAAGCAAUCAAAAGAAUUUAAUGAAGAGUUAAAAAAAGGAUUACAAACAGUACUUAAAAUGAGUAGGGCAAAAGAUGCAGAAAUCGAGAUGUUGAAAAAGGAAAAUAAAGGUGAGGGAGAAUUAUUUUUAUAUUUAAUGUAGCCUCUUUCAUCUUCUAAAGAACCAUUAAGCAUAACAGAAACAAUGGAAAAAGAAUCUGCAUUAAAUCAAUACAAAGAACUAGAGUUGAGCAAAGAAAAAUUUACAACUGAAACAAGGUCUGAAUUUAAAGCUCCAUCAACAGCAGCAAUUGGUUUUCUGUACACAACAUUCAUUGUACUUCUUGUGGCUAUUUGUUGGCAGCCAGAUCCUAGCAUAUUUAUUAGUUCUUUACCAGGUGUUGCAGUUAUUGCAUCACAUAAAUUUGUAGUAACAGGUGGUCAAUCCUCCCAGUUACACUGAGAUGAGUAUGGUUUGAUGCUGGAUAUUCCAAGUGAUGCACUUCCUCGUGGUUUUCUGGCUGAGGUUGUCAUUCAUGUUAGUGUGUCUGGUCCAUAUAUUUAUCCUGAUCCAAAAACCUGGAAACCAGCCAGUGCUGUAUACUGGAUAUCAAGCAGUAAAGAAUUUGUUAAUCCUGUACUACUGGGUAUCUGGCAUAAUGUAAAAGGAAGUGUAAAUAGCUCAUCAAUCAAAGUUUUAACAGCUGAAGACACCCCACAGAAUAUGUCAUGUAUAUUCAAUGAGUUUUUGGGUGAUUUUACUGUCAAAGGAUCUUAUGUCUAUUUCAAACUCACUGGUUUUAGUGGUAAAGAAGUUGUCACCUGUUUGGAUGUCAGAAAUUUUCAAGGUUCUUUAUUCUACAAAAUGUCUGAUGCUGGUAACAAGUGGAAAUACAGCCUUGUCAUUUACAAUUCUCAUACUAAAGGUGUGACAAGAAGUUUAUUUGAUGGAACACAAUAUGAAGACUGGAUUCCAGAUAUUAAAUUUGAUGUAAAAUUUGAAGAAAACAGCAAAAUUUUAGAGCUAAAUAUAACUCCAGAUCCGCCACUAGAAAAUUGGAUCAUUCGAGGAAGAAUCAAUCCACUUUCUUAUCACAAGGAUGCCCUUCAAAGUCAGGGGCAUGUAGUCAGUAACAUGAGAUUUGAUAUUCAUUGGAAUGGCAGUAGUGACUUACUUACUGAUGACUAUCUAAACUUUCCAUUAAAAGGAGCCGAAUAUCCAUUAUCUAUCACUGCAAAUCCUAGUAGAAUUGAUCAUAAGACUAGUGCCACUAUCAAAUUUACAAAGAAAAAAGGGGGCAUGAAAUUAGACAUCAAGGAUUUUAAUGACAUUGAUUUAAUAUUAAAGAGUAGCAGUUUCGAUAAUAGUAAAUGGAGUGACCUUGGACUGAAGUUAGGUUUAUUUCAAACAAGGCUAAACACGAUUAAAAGUGAUAAUUCUCAAGAUGCUAAAGCAUGCCUGGGAGAGACUUUGGGGAAAUGGCUAAAUCGAGUUGAUGAAGUUGAUAAGAAUGGAGGAGCGACUUGGGAGGCAUUGAUGGAUGCUCUUCAAAAGAUUGAGCAGAAACCAGUAGCUGAAAAAAUAAAAGACUAUAUUGAAUAAUUUUUUAAGUAACAAAAAUUUAAGUUGUAUUUAUAUUUUAUGUUUGCAAAGGAGUAUUGCAAUUGGCAAAGUCUCUAAAGAUUAAUGAGAUACGCUUGGAAAACUCACAUUGGAUGAAAAGCACAAACAAGCAUGCAUGCUCUGAUCUAAAAUGAAAAUGAAUCAACUAGGCUUUUUAUAUAAAAAUGCUGAUAGAACUCAUUUUUAUUUUCAAUUUUGUGUAUGUUCUCUGUUCUUUUCAUUUGCUAUUGUUAUGAAGAAUAAGAGGUGUGGCAUAUUUAUAAAUUAAUGGAAGCACACAAGAAAGUGUCUUUGAUGCAUCACUUCAGCCAGUGCUCAAUCACUGGCAGAACUUGUACUCACAAACAACACACUCAGUUGCCUUUGAUCUUCAUCAUACUAACAUUGAUACUGAUGGAGUAAUGAUACUAAUGGAAUCACUCAA